CAUUUCUCACUUUGUCAACUCAUCGUCUCGUUUCUGUGAUUUUUUUUUAAAUUUUUUAUACGAUGUGCUUUUAGGCACGUUUUUAGAAAAAAAUGCGAUUAUCUUAAGCCUAAUUAAAUAAAACUGUUAUCUCAAAAUUCUUCGCAAACAAGGUCAUUGUCAUAAAUUGUAAUAAGUGUUUAAUCAUGGGACAAGAUAAUUUGAAUGAUUUCAGUUCAGGUGAUUGUCACUUGAAAGUUGAAUGCGAACUGAAGAGACAAGCAGGAAUUCCAUGCGAGCACACAUUUCUAAUAAAACCAACUACAAAAAUGAAGCAGGCUUUUACACAAUGCUCAAACUCUUUACGGGACCGAAACAUCUUAGUUGAUCUUCUCGCAAUAUCAUUUGGCUGUGCGGCAUGGAUCGGUGUGAAUUCAGUUUAUCUGCAAUUGCCACUUUUGGUGGGACCGUCUCCUGAAGGAUGGAAUUUGCCCUCAUUUUUAGUCGUAGUAAUCCAAUUAGCUAACUUAGGACCUAUUAUAUAUUCAUUAGUACAGAAACUUUACCCAGGAAGGAUAAAAGACUCUUCAUAUAUAUAUAUAUUGAUGGUGAUUGGAUGCAUUAGCUCCAUACUUAUGGCAUUUUUAUAUGAUAAAACAACAGUGGUAUUUGGAGAGGAACAUAGCAGUUCUAUGCUAUCGCUGGCUUUUUUCCUAGCUCUAGUUGGUUGUACAAGUUCUGUACUAUUCAUGCCUUAUAUGGGCAGGUUUAGAGAGACGUACAUGAUAUCUUAUCUAAUGGGCGGAGGAAUUGGAGGUUUUGUACCAAGUAUUGUUACAUUAAUUCAAGGAGUUGGAGGUAAUCCUGAAUGUGUUAAUGGGCAGCCGCACUAUUCUCCACCUCAGUUUGGAUCAACAGCUUUCUUCAUAUUUACGUUUGUCAUGUAUAUUUUUAGUACAAUUGCUUUUAUAUUAUUAAAUAAUUUGAAGAUGUGUAAGAAUCAAUAUGUUAGUGAGAAACAACAAAUUGUGAGUGCCCCUAAUAGUAAUAGUGAUAUUGAGAAGACUGAUGUGUUGGAGGACAGUUCACCAAUAAAAGAACUAAGCAAAUCAAAUUAUUAUUUAUUAAUGAUUAUCAUGGCUGUGGUAUGUUUUAUGUCAAAUGGAGUAUUUCCAAGUGUUCAAAGUUAUUCUUGUUUACCAUAUGGAAAUAGAGCUUAUCAUUUGACAGUCGCCCUUUCCACAAUGGCAAAUCCAUUUGCUUGCUUUCUGGCAGUGUUCUUACCACAUAAAUCUGUUAGGCGUAUUGUGAUAUUUUCUUGUAUAACAACCAUAAUAGGUUGUUAUGCAUUAGCUACAUCUUUAUUGAGUCCCACACCACCAUUGAAGAAUAUUAUUAGUGGAGAAAUCCUAGUGGUCCUGUGUUGGACGUUCUUAGUUGGACUUGUAAGUUUUAUAAAAUUAAGUAUAAUUGCCAUUUUUAACUUACAAGGAGGUUCUUCAUUAUACAAAGUAGGUGUUAUGCAACAAUUUGGUUCAGCAUUAGGUGCAGUGACAAUAUUUUUAAUAUUGAAUUUUACAACACUAUUUAAAAGCUAUGAUCAUUGCUCAUCAUAUUGAGCUUGGUUUAUUAUCUAGUUGUUACAUUUUUCAGGCAGUUAUUUUAUUAUCUAAUUAUUACUAUGAUCUAUGACAUUUUUGUAUAAAGAUAUAGUUUUAUAUGAAUAUAUUUAUAUAGGUUAGUGAAUUGUAAAUAGGUAGAAUUUUAGAGACUUAAAUUUUGUAAUAAUUAUUAAAACCUUCUAUAGAAAGUAAAAAUCCUGAUUUACAUAAAUUAUUUCAUGAGAAAUAUUUGUCGACAUGUCUUUGUAGACAUUAUUUAUGUCACCAAAAUUUAGCCAUGCAAUGAAUAUUUUAAUUUCUUAAAUGAUUUGUGGGAUGAUGACCCAAUGAAGUAUAUAAAUAAUGAUAUCUUAUAUACAUUGCGUGACAAAUUUUUAGAUCUUAAACCAGCAAAACAUAUUUUAAUUGACAAAUAAGCAAAAUAUAUAAACGUACAUUCCUCAGGUGGAGGUUUAAUGAUUAUUUACAUGUGAUAAUAUCGCAAUUGAAACCAGAUAAGUUUGUAUGAAAAUAGUGUUUAUCAUUAAAGACAUUGUAGGACAAUGAGAGAGUUGGAUUUGCUUUGAAUAUAGCAGAAAGUUCAUAAAUUUAAUAUAUUUCGAUUUUAAUAUUUGAUAUGUGAUUUACCUGUAGAUAGACUUGU